ACGCUCUAUACGACCCUCCGAUAAUCAUCAUGAAGUUCUCCAUAAGCCUCAUAACUUUGCUUCUCAGCACGCUCGUUGCCUCCGAAGGCUUAUCAGUGGGCGGCUUUGGCUUCUCACUGAGCGGUCAGAAGCGCCUGGGCGACGGUGAAUCCGUACCUGGCGACAACCCCCUCACGUAUUGCAAAGCGUCGCAUGGCGAUGAUCUCCUCGUCCUCGAUCAUGUCAACCUGUCACCGAACCCUCCACUGAAGGGCAGCACGCUCACCAUCGAAGCGGUCGGGUCCGUGCUUGAAGAUAUCGGGGAGGGCGCGUAUGUUGUCUUGCAGGUCAAGUACGGGCUGAUAAGACUUGUCAACACGGAGGCCGAUCUCUGCGAGCAAGUCGAAAAUGUGGAUAUGAGCUGCCCGAUCAAGAAGGGGAAGACCAAGAUCAUAAAGGAUGUCGAGCUGCCAGCCGAGAUCCCUCCCGGAACCUACACUGUAUUCGCUGAUGCAUACACCGCCCGCCCUGAGAGCAAGAAGAUCAUCUGCUUGGAAGCAACUGUUACUUUCCCACAGACCAGAUAGUG